UCAAUCUGGUCAGCCCCGUCUUCUUCAGCUUCAUCACCGGCCGUCAGUGGAUUUAUGCUUUGAGUGAAACUGCUUUCCUCCGAAAAGCGAAGCCUCUGUGUCAAUGUCUUCCUUCUUCGGAGUCCUCGUUGGGGAAUAUGCUUCUAAAUUGCGAAUACCUCCCCUGUUUGUCUCCAGAUUUUCUAGUCUUGCACCAAAAACAGCAACACUUAUUUAUUCUUCAAAAAGAUCAUGGACGGUUGAUAUUGAGGAAGAAGAUAACAAAAAAUUGUAUUUCAAAAGAGGUUGGAAUACAUUUGUAGAAGACAAUGCUUUAGAAACUGGGGAGUUCAUAGUUUUCAAAUUUGAUGGGGAUUCAAGAUUUAAAGCCAACAUCUACGGAAAAUCUUACCUCAAAAGAAAAUCCUCAAUGUCAGUGUCUUCUUUCUUCAAAGUCCUCGUCAAUGGCGAGUCCACUACUAAAUUGAGAAUCCCUUUAUUGUUUGUCUCCAGAUAUUCUACUCUGGUCCCAAAAACAGUAACAUUUAUCAGAGCUUCUUCAAACAGAUCAUGGAAGGUUGAUAUUGUGGAAGAAGAUGACAAAAGGUUAUAUUAUAAGACUGGCUGGAGUGAAUUUGUAGAAGAUAAUGCUUUGGAAAUUGCACAUUUUUUAGUUUUCAAGUUUGAUGGGGAUUCAACAUUUCGAGUUAAGAUCUAUGGAAGCUCUGCUUGUGAGAAGGAACUUGAGAAUCAGCCAUGUGUCAAUCAGAAAUACUGCAUACAGUAUUAUAAUAAACAAACAACAACUCUAGAUCAUCAAGAAAAUCUGAAAGAAAGUGAUCCCAUCGAUGUAGAUCGACAAAAGUCGAAGCCAAAUGUUGAGAUAACAGAGGAGAGGGUUGAUCAUGAUGAUCGUCAUGAAAAUUCUAACCAAGAAACUGGGGCUCCGCAGAAAGAAGCUGAAGAACAAAGUGACGAAACUAUUGCUGUUCAAUCCGAAUCUCAUUGCCCUCUCAAGAAAACUGGCAACAAGCAUGAUGGACCAAUGCGUAAAGCAUCAUCUAGUAAAGGCCUCAGUUUGGAGUCUAAGAAGAAUCCUUCAUUCAAAAUUCUUCUGCAACAAGCCUAUGCAGAAAAGGGUGUCAUGUGCUUUCCAACAGAGUUUUUCCAGAAGCAUAUGAAAAACCAGAGACAAGAGGUAGAGAUUGAGACAGUAGAAGGAGUAUGGACUGUGACAUUACUCCCCCAUAUGAAAAGGACAAGGACAUUUGCCAGAUUAAGCAAAGGUUGGUCAGAGUUCGCCAAAGCGAACCGUUUCAAAACUGGAGAGACUCUCUUGUUUAAAAUGAUCCGAAAAGGUGAUCGUCCCAAGUUUAUUGUUGACAGGCAACGAUGUUAAGAGUGUAAGAGAUCCAUGUAGCACCAAAAAUUUUUCCUGAUAGGUCAUGUAAAUGGUAGGCUUAAUUAAGAAAGUUUCUCACGAUAGGUAAUGUAAAUGGUAGAAUAAGUGUGUCAUGCUGAGGAUCUUUCACUUGCCUUUUUGUAAACUCCUAUGAAAUGGAUUUGGAAAUAGUGAAGCAUCUUUUUGUAUUUGUGUGUGGAUCCUGGGUAUGAUCUGAAAUGUAGGGAAACAUGUUUUAAUCAAAUGUCUCCUUAAUUUGUGAUG